AUGUCAAAGUUUCUUCACGAAACAAAGUCAAUAUUCCAUAAACAUGGAAAAACCGAACCCAUCCACUUGGUUUGCAUGAGAAGCAUUUGUAUUAUCAUAUGCGGAUCACUACUUUUGACAUAUCUUAUUUUUCUGGCAAUUAUGAUUGCCACCGACAACAAACCUACCCUCAUGACAGCUCUCGUGGCCAAACCUUAUAUUCCGGUUCCAGAUCACGUGAGUACAGAACAAGACACGACAGACUGUACUUCAUACAUCUUGCCAACCGAAUGUUCGCCCGAAGAUGAAUCCAAUAGAUUCACCGGUCGUUGUACGAGUCAAUUCCUUUCAACGAAUUCUUUGAAUCUCAGUCUACCGGAUAAACGUUACGGCCUCACGUUUACUUUCAUUCGUUCCCCUGAUCAUAACGAUACUUCGGACACUGGAAUGAAGAUCAGGGCCGUGGAUUCGCUAUUUAACCCAGCAAGGCUGCCCGCUGACAUAAAAUCGCUUAUAACCCAAAUCAAUCCGUGGCUCUUUGACGAACUCGAAAAUCUAAAUUUUCACAUCAUAGGCUAUCACAAGGUUUCAAAAAUGCUGUUCACCAGAAAAGUGAAAAACCUGAUGAAACCAAAUUUUCUGAAUGUCAUCGGUAUCCCACCGAGUUACCUGAAGCAACCUUACAUCGAAUCCACUUUCGAAUCAGCAAUAAUUCCGUACGCGUCACAGAUGUUUGAAAAUGCCACCUUGGGUGACAUUUAUGCUACCUUGUUCAUCGGUACUUACAACUGGCUUGAACAAGUUGACACUGAGAUUAGGUCCACCAAUAUUUUGGAUUCUAUUGCUUUGCUUGCCGGUCUAUAUGGACUAUUGACAGCCAUUUACAUUUGUUUAUUUGGUGUCACUGCAAUAUCUCCAUGGGGUAUAUGUCAACGCGGAUGUUGUGGGCGUCGUUCCCGCGAGAACGUCUAUCGAAAAUUCGCUCCGCGUGGUUUGCCCAUCCUCUCGCAAUCUCGUAUCCGACAACCUGUCAUCCAGCGGUUGGACGACUUGGAAGAGUACAUAAGACUAUUCUUGUUGAAUGUAUCUGCUAUACAAGAUGCCGAUUCGAAACCUGAUGACCUUGAGCACAAAACCAUACCCAAAGGUCAUGAACGACCUGGCAAGAAAUCAAAAAGACCUUCCCCACCUGUAUCGAUAUUGAAUUCGGCUCCGUAUGACAAGUCGAAUAGGACUUCAAAAUUCUCCUCAUCUUCGGAUCAUGAAAAGACUGCUAACGUGCCACCAUCAGACAACGACACGAGUCAUCCGAUCGAUAAACUGAAAUCGUUCUUCUCGCCUUCCGGUAAAUCACCAGAGUUGAUACAAGAGAAAACUCCCGCAAAUUUGGACUUUGCACAUUCACCCAUGGCCGGGACUUCCGAUGCGACAUCUACAUUACCUGUUAGAACCGACACCCUUCUGCCGCUGUCUCCAGUUUCACCAAGCAUUUUGUUGACAGAAGCCGAUAAACCUGAAUCAGAUCAAACAUCCAUUUCAUCGCAGUCUUCAAGUUCUCAAAAAAUUCUUUUCGCGGCUAAUGAACAACCCGAACGUGAACUAGAUAUUCCAAAGGGUGUACUAAACGUUUCUCAGAACAAGGAGGAUACUCCAAUGCAGUCUCCAAGUUCACAAAAAGUUCUUCUCACGACUAAUGAACAACCCGAGCGUGAACUAGAUGUUCCAAAGGGUGUACUAAACGUUCCUCAGAACAAGGAGGGUGCUCCAUUGCAGUCUCCAAGUUCACAAAAAGUUCUCACGACUAAUGAACAACCCGAGCGUGAAUUGAAUAUCCCAAAAAUGGGUGUACUAAACGUUCCUCAGAACAAGGAGGGUACUCCAUUGCAGUCUCCAAGUUCACAAAAAGUUCUCACGACUAAAGAACAACCCGAGCGUGAAUUGAAUAUCCCAAAAAUGGGUGUACUAAACGUUCCUCAGAACAAGGAGGAUACUCCAUUGCAGUCUCCAAGUUCACAAAAAGUUCUCCCGACUAAAGAACAACCCGAGCGUGAAUUGAAUAUCCCAAAAAUGGGUGUACUAAAUGUUCCUCAGAACAAGGAGGGUACUCCAUUGCAGUCUCCAAGUUCGCAAAAAGUUCUCACGACUAAUGAACAACCCGAGCGUGAAUUGAAUAUCCCAAAAAUGGGUGUACUAAAC